AUGCUCGUCGGAGCGCUUCCUCCGGCACUCAUCUCACUGCUUCUUGUUGCAUCGCGUGUUUCUGCUGCGCCUUACGACUUUCUCGAUAAUUAUCGCGACCCCACGCCGGCGGCUGACGAGGGGCCUCCUGCUUCAUAUCACGCUGUCCGAGACAAGAACGUUCUGCCGUACGAGAUUUGCGGUGUUGUUGGCGGCUACGUCUUUACAGUACUUAUCUGGGGGGUUCUUCUCCUCACCGUUGGUAGAAAGAUGAGACGAAAGGCUCUCGACCCGCCCAAGCAAUUGGAGCUGGAACUCCAGGACAAACCGACUGUACCGGCUAUCCGAACAGCUGGACUCACAUCGCCACCGCUAUCCGCGCGGUCGUUUUUCGGGAAGUUCAAGAGAAACAGGAACGACUCUGUUAGCAACCCACAGAGUCCUGUUGUUCAGUCACCAAGUUCGUUCGACCAAAAGGUUGUUGAUGCCCACCGGGAUCAAGCACAAGCAGAUAUGGAGCGUCUCUACGCCGCCGUCAUGGAUUUCGACGAACGAAAGCACUCGUCCAAAGUCAGUGUAGAAGAAACAGAGCCCAUCCCACGACCCACCGAGCGCCGACGACCCUCAAACAUCAGCAUCGCGCGCCCGGAAUCACACACCGAAACCCCAAUCUCGCCCGUAAAAGCCAUCUACCCACCAAACUACAGCGUCCAACAACCCAGCGCAUCCACUCACAACGCUCACCUCCGCGCAGACGCCCACCCACCCCCAAGCCCCCGCAGUAUCCUAUCGAAGCGCUCCCAAAACUCCAACACAAACUCCACCGGAAGCAAAAAUGCGCGCUUCAACUUGAAGAACCUGCGUAUCUCAGGCCCGAUAGCGAAAUACCCAGGCGCAGACUCCGACGACGAAGCACGCACGCCCCUCUCUCCGCGCUUCUACGCAAACCCCGGUGUCCCCCCUUCGCCACCUACACAGACGAACUCGCCAACAUCGCCGGAGCAAUAUAUAGAAGAAGCACUAGACAGCGUACAGCCCCUCCCGCGACCCGCACCCCAACGCCUCGGCCCACCGCCGACAUCCCAACCCUCC